GCGCGUGCGUGCGCACCUACCAAAGCCCGGUGGGAAACUCGUGUGCGCCAGCUGGAGUGGUGGGGGAGUGGGGAAGAGGGGCCCAAAAUGUUCCUCAUCUAUUAGCGCGUCCCACUUUGGCCUCCAACGCGAGCUCCUUGUUCCCUCCUUAGCGUUGCGUAGCGUAUUCCUAGUACGUGGCGACCCCCACGGCCAACUGCCAGAGCUCGCGCUGGGCUCUGCCAAUGAGCUUCUUCCUCCCCUCUUUGGCAGGCGGCGCGCGUGUGUUUCAGACUCUGGUCCAGCGCAACAUCUGCAUUCUUGGUCAAAGUCCGUGGAGGGUCCUCGUGAGCUCAGCUCGGCCUGCUCUUCGAUCCGUUCUGUCGGAAAGGUGGUUCUUAUUGAGGCGCCCAGAUCCUUGGCUGGCUAGCUUCUAGAACUGAAACCUGGGGCAUCAUGCAGGGCUCAAAGAAACUAGUGAACACAAUUCUGAGUUGUGCGGAUGAUUCAUUGAUUGGAAUGGUAGCUUGCAAUCCUAAUCUUCAGCUUCUAAGUGGACAUAGAGUGGCAAUACGUUCUGACUUAGAGAAUAUAGAGGGCAAAGUUGCACUUAUUUCUGGAGGUGGAUCAGGACAUGAGCCUGCACAUGCAGGAUACAUUGGAAGAGGAAUGCUCACUGCAGUGGUCGCUGGUCCAGUAUUCACUUCCCCUGCAGUGGGUAGCAUUUUAGCAGCAAUUCGGACUGUGAAACAAGCAAGAGCAGUUGGGACAUUGCUAAUAGUGAAGAAUUAUACAGGAGACCGCCUGAAUUUUGGGCUGGCAUUGGAACAAGCACAGGCAGAAGAUAUCUCUGUGCAGAUGGUGAUAAUUGGUGAUGAUACUGCCUUUGCAACCAAGAAAAAGACUGGCAGGAGAGGCCUAUGUGGCACAGUACUUGUACAUAAGAUGGCUGGAGCGUUGGCUGAGGCAGGUGUCAGUCUGAAUGAAAUUGUUCGUAGAAUUACUGCUGUUGUAGGAGCAAUGGGCACUCUUGGGAUAAGUCUGUCCCCCUGCAGUGUCCCAGGAUUCAGACCCACCUUCCAGCUUGCAGAUGAUGAAUUUGAGCUCGGUUUAGGAAUCCAUGGUGAAGCAGGUGUGCGCAGAAUGAAGAUGGCAACAGCACAUGAGAUAGUCAACAUAAUGCUGGAUCACAUGACCAACCCUUCCAAUGCCUCUCACGUGCAACUCAGGCCUAAUUCUUCUGUGGUCUUGGUAGUGAACAACCUGGGCGGAUUAUCAUAUCUUGAGUUGAAUAUAGUAGCUGGAUCUGCUGUUUGUUCUCUUGAGAGCAGAGGUUUUCAUGUUGCCCGGACUUAUGUUGGAUCCUUUAUGACUGCAUUGGAAAUGGCAGGUGUCUCCCUUACACUUCUCCAAGUGGAUGAAGAACUCUUGAUCCUCCUGGAUUCAGAUACUACAGCUGUUGCCUGGUCAAAACCUGUCAGGAUGUCUGUGACAAGACAGAAAAGACAGAGGGUAGUACCCCAAGAGUGUUGUAAGGAAGAAGAACCUGAUCCAGCAAAAGUGCCAUCUUCUCCUCACAUGAGAUUGAUUCUGGAGUGCGUGUGCUCUAAAAUGCUUGGCCUACAGGAACACCUCAAUGAUCUUGACCGUGCCGCAGGUGAUGGAGAUUGUGGCAGCACACAUGCACAGGCUGCCAUUGCAAUCCAGAAUUGGCUAGAUGCUAAACCUCUGCCUCAGCGACCUUCCCAACUGUUCUCUUCACUAGCCAAGUUGCUCCUGGAAAAGAUGGGAGGCUCUUCAGGAGCGCUCUAUGGAUUAUUUCUGACAGCAGCUGCUCAGCCUCUGCGGACUGAUGAUGACUUAGCAGCCUGGUCCUUAGCGAUGGAUGCUGGAAUUAAUGCUAUUAUGCGGUAUGGAGGAGCUGUACCAGGAGACAGAACCAUGUUGGAUUCACUCUGGGCUGCUGCAAAAGAACUCAAAGCUUUGAAGACCCCAAAGGCUGAUCUGAUGCAGGUUCUGUCCAAGGCUGUAAACAAGGCAGAGGCUGCUGCUGAAUCUACAAAGAAUAUGGAAGCUUCUGCAGGCAGAGCCAGUUAUAUCAGCUCAGCUCAACUAGAACAGCCUGAUCCUGGUGCUGUAGCAACUGCAGCCAUUCUCAGGGCAGUGUUGGAAGGGUUGGAGGCUAAACCAUAGUAACUUCGUGAUAUUCUUCCUUAAUAUAAAUCAUAUUUUAAUACUAGUUUAAAUGUUCCAACGCUAUUUUAUCCCUGCUAUGCAGGACUUACUAAAUCCUGGUACUUUUGGCAUGACAAGGUUUAUUUUAACUUACAAAACUUUCCUGCACAUCAUUUGGCAGUGUUCUUGAAAUGUAAUGCUUGAGAACCGAGUUGUGUUUAUAUAUUUGGGUCUAUGUUUUCUUCAUGCUUUUUGGAUUUUGGCUGUUGCAGGGUCCUCUCUUCAAGUUGUUCAAGUUGUUUUUAUGUGCUGCAUUUCUUCGCUGUAUACAAGAGGUGUUUUAAGUUUUGCUGAAAUUAUGUAAUAGUACUUUCAAACAAUAUUGUAGCAAUAUAGCUUGAACAACUAAGUAAAAUGUAUGCAAAGAUCUUCUAACUGUAGAUACCAGGUGUAUAAAUAUGCCAGAAACUUUAUAAAAUACUUGAUAAACGAUG